CUCCUCCAAUGCAUUUACACAGCUGAUUACGGCAUGCAGACUUCUGAUUUGAGAAAAACACUUCCUUCCCGACUGGUAUUUUAUCCUUUCAAUAAAUCUCAGUUUCUGUUAUGACUGAGAUAGCUAGCAACUGCAACUCAAGCUUGAGUUCCUACUUCAAGGAUCAGUAUAAAAACUUUGAAACUAAAAUUAUUUUUUGUUGGCGAAAUUUCGUCGAUCUUUACACUUCUACAUUGCUAGCAGACGAUCCAAUUCAGGAGCGGAGUGUUGGUGGAACUCACCCCGGCACUUUUCCGGUGAUCGCAGGUGCUCUGUCCGUACUUGAUCUACUCAUCAGCUCAGCCAAUAUAGAGUCUCAAUAAAACCUCCGAACAUAUACAAAGCAACUACUUUUUGUUCAGCAUGAGUGCCGGUCAAAAGAUUUUAAAGGAUGGUUUUCUCGUAAAGAAGGGUCAUAAAAGGACAAACUGGAGGACAAGAUGGUUUGUUUUAACUGAGGAUUCCUUAGCAUACUAUAAACAGACGACAGAUAGCCUUCCUGCAGGGGUCAUUGAACUACGAGGAUGCUCCGUCAUCUCACCUUGCCUGCAAUAUGCAAAUAAGAAAGGAUUUGCAUUUAUGAUGAUGAAUCAAGAUAGGCAUGAGCUUAUAAUGCAAGCCUCAACAGAUGAAGAGAGAGAAGCCUGGGCCAAAGCCAUCGGUUUAGCCAUUGUUGAGUGUGAUCGAUCCAAAGAAGAGGUGCAUCCCACAUCACCACACAGCAAAAUAAACUAUCAUGAGUUGGUAGAAGCAAUGAAGGAUCCUGAUGCAGGCAUUGUUAGAGGGAAACACAAGGUGGAUGAGAGCACAGUAUACAAAGACUGCUUUACAGGUAUUCAAAUGAUUAUGUGGCUUAUAGACUGGUCCUUUGCCGAAACUCGAGAGAAGGGUAUAGAGAUAGGGACAAAGUUACUUUCUCAGGCCCUAAUACAGCCGAUGACCUGCACAUUAGAUAACACUGCUCGUCGGAAAGCAUUUCUUGAUGAUGAGGAGGCCCUCUAUAGAUUUUCAUCACUCAACAUGUCCAAUUUGAAGAAUGUUUUAGACAGUAGUGAUUCAUCAAGCAGCGACUCGGAUGCAGAUGAGAGGUUACCUAGGAAGGGGAGAGAAGAACUGCCAAUCAAACCACUCAAAGGGCAUGGAGGCAAGAUAGUCAAACAAGGAUUCCUACUAAAAAGGGGGCAUGUAAGACACACCUGGAAAGCAAGACUGUUUGUACUGUGGGAUGAUCCUUCUUACCUACAGUAUUACAGGGGUUCUAAGGCAGGGGAUGAAAAACCACUAGGUGAGAUUCCUCUGCACAAGUGUACCGUUGGUGUGCAAGAAGCAAGAGAAAAAUCAGAUGUGACGGUGAAGAACAAGAAUCGGCAGAACCUUUUCAGUGUGACGACCAAGAAGGGCAAGGUGUAUGUCUUUGAAGCCAGGACUCCGGAAGAGAGAGAAGAUUGGAUGAGAGCCAUCAUCAGCCCACUCAGCGUCGGUCGAGAAUAAAACUACUCCAUUGACAUUCGCACAUUCAGCGUUUGUCUGUGAUAAUGAAUACCUCAGUCACACUGACAAGACCGACAUUAACUUGGUCAAAGACUGACCAAGAAAUUGCAUAACACUGACCUACUGACCAGUUAUUGGUCAGCUUGAUGAUGUCAGCUUGACAGUGAGGACUAUGCCAUCAUUCUUGUGAUCAAGCAUCUUUGUGAUUUGUGUAAUGAAGCCACUGUACACCUUACAACCCGGGUACGAUUAUAGUUUGGGAUGAAUGACAUAUGGAUUGGAUAUGAAAAUAUGAAAAAAGGAGUUUUCAUAAAUGAAGUCUAAAUUAUAGUUGUAUUAAUGUUGAAUUGUACAUGUAGGUUAUUGAAUGUCUUCUAGUCAGAGGAAAGGCUCGAUUGACUGAAAAGGAGUGCUGUCAGACCAGGGACCCAUUUCACAAAGCCUUUUUCAAUGACAAAUAA